GGCCUCGCGGCCCAUCGGCCUUACGUUCUGGUCAUCUUUAUUUGAUGAACCAGACAUCAUAUUGUGGACGGUCGCUCGACCCAUCCCUUAGUCAUCUUUAUUUGAUGACUAGGACUACUGAUCAUGAUGAGCUACCCACAUCUAGAGAUCGGCCUCGACCAUCGCCCCAGCAGACGGGCACCGUUGCAGCUCCAUCUCCAGGCCGAAGGGUUCACACAUUUUGUUUCAUUUUGGGGGCAUCCGGUGUACUCUUUUUCCCUCAUUAGGAUUUUUUCCCACAGGGUUUUUCCUAAUGAGGUUUUUAACGAGGCAUCUCCCCAUCGUGGAUCAAAAGGUGUCAACCCUCGGCCCCCUGUUGAAGACAUCAUCCGACACGCAUUACUCUACUCCUCUUCACCUCAUUACACUCGCCUCAAGGAGUGGGGGACUGGAAGAGCGGGGGACUUAGCGCCUCCGUUAACCAAAGAAGCAGAAAUU